AUUACUCUCAGUUGGGUCGUUGACUUUCAAUGGAAGCCUGUCAAACGGACCUAGACAUCGAGCAACACAACAAUUUCUACUCCAGACAGAGGGCGUAGGUAUUCCGCUUACUUAGCGAGCACUGUUUGUUACAAUGACCACCUAGCAAAAUGAGCUUCCUUAGAUGGUGGUAAUAGUGCUACUGGUAGCUUUUGUUCUUCUUGAUCUUUAUGGAUCCUUAGAUUUAUGAAGCCUAAUCCUUAAGCAAGAUUAUUGCAAGAACAGCUAAAGAACAUUAACGUUCAGAAUUCAGAUUGCCCAAGACUGGAGCCACUAAAUCAGGGGACAGGGUUGACUUCAGGCUCUUUCUAUUCAAAGUACUUCAGGUUCCAAGAGGAUGGGACAGGUUGUUUUUGUCCAUGGUCUCUGUCGAGAUGGGGAAAACAAACCAUUGCAAAGACAGGCAAAGCACUGGUGUGCGAAAUGGGGUCUGUCAGUUUGUCAGAGAUUCUUACAGAACCUAUCUGGGUUUUGCAGGAUGAGUCUUCAAAAGAGAUGGAGGGUUGUCUCUUCAAGCUUCUUGUGGUGGCGAUUCCAGAAGAUCACCUCAAUAGGCAGGAGUUCCUAAUCAAAAGUUCCAGAUAUAGGGUUGCUUGCGUUUCUUGCUACUAUAAGGGAACUAAUGGGGUGUAUAUUAAUCUAAAUGAGUGUUGGAUCACAGGGAGCGACUAGAUAUCGUCUUCUUAGAGAGACAUUUGUGGACAUGACAGGAUCUAUGAGUUCAAGUGUUGCUGUUUGACUUUCAUUUCCAUUGAGAGAGGGCAAUCAUGGGACAACCUUGCAAGCUAACAUUCAGUGCCUGGCACCAGAAGCAAAACUCAGGAUUGUGUAAUAUGGAAAAACGAUUUUCACUGAUCUUUUGAUUCCAUUAAUGUUUCUACUUCAUCAUGAGUAUUUGGUGUGGACAUCUCAGGGAUAUUUAGUGCAGCGGGAGAUAUGUCCCUAGGAAUGAAUGGUAAUUAUGCAGACUCUAAUGAUGUGAACAUAAACUCAGAUAAGCCAGAGAGUAUAGCAAGGAGCAUUGGAUCUUCGUCCCCUAAAAAGAUAAGACUCUAUGGCACAUCAAGGAGAACCUGAGACUAGACAAGUUCCCUUGCGUUUUCUUGAAACUUUGAAGAUUACACAUCUUUUCUCGUUUCACAAUUUAUAUGUUGUAAUUUUAGCAUGAUCUUGUUGUAUGAAAUGCAUAAGGUGUGUAACACCAUUUAUACUGUACUUUGUCUUUUGCUUGGAUUUAUCCUGAAGCAAAUAUAUCUUAUUUGGUAAA